CGGAGUUUUCAUCCUACGGCGUUAUCAUCGACAGGAAGGGACACAACAAGACAUAGACUAUCGCUCACGGGACACGACGGAAGGAAUCAGAGAAAAGAGUUAUUAAGAUGAAACGAUUUAUUUCAGACGGGCCGAGGAGAGAGCAUAUACGUGAUUCUCACGACUUGUUACUUUGUUUUAUUUCGACCAUUUCCAUCAGCGGGCUGCAUGAUUGGAUUUUCAGUUCUUGUUCAUUUCGACUUUUUCAAACCUUUAGGGAGGCGCUCAACAUCACAUCAUGUAUCGGGUCAGGCGACGAUCCUCGACCAUCUAUUUGUUUUUUUUUUUUUUUUUUUUUUUUUUUUUUUUUUGGUAUACGGAUUAUUCUUUUCGGAUAUGGAGUUGGAGAUACCAUGGAAGUCCAAGGGAACAACCGACACUGGAAAGAGAGCAGGGAGCGCGAAGAGACAGGAGACAGGAAACCGCACAGGGCGCAACAAGAGAAAAGCGAAUGGUAUUUGUUUGGGGGGGAAUACCACAGCGACCUGACCUACCAAACCAACCCGAGGAAAGAGAGUGGAGGAGCGGGACAGGAAUUUUGGCAAGGAAGGGAUUUUGACCUGGGGGGAAACUCGAUUUGUUCUAUGGGGCCUGCCAAGACUUACAAAGGUCUAUUGCUCUUGAUGUUUUAAUGAUGGCUUAUUUCUUAGAGAAUUGAUAGGGAACAAACCCUUGACAAACAUGCUGUUUUCCUCCUUACUUGACCAUGCACUGCGCUGUGACGAUUGAAACGGGCUUCCAUGACCUGACCAACAUACCUGUCUACCGGCCCUGAUUCCAAGCCUCAUGAGCUU